GUGCAGGGCGGCAGCAUUCCCUUUCGGGCCAGGCCCCUGGAGCUGUGCUGGCCAGUGGGCUGGACACCGGAGGAAAGUCUGUCCAGCCUCAGGGCGUCUGCUGGUCAUUGCCGCGUGCAGCGGGGCCCCUCAGCGCGAGGAGCAGGUGGCCUGCGGCGGCCCCCCCAGGCUGUGCCCUCGCUGCCGGGAGCCGCCGCCCAGCAGCCCAGCCAUGGAGAGCGAGGCGGAGCAGGCGCCGCGUGAGGCCGACGGGGAAGCUGUUGCGACAUCGGGGAGCAUGGAGGAGGCCCCCCAGGAGCUUCCUGGAGAAGCGCAGAGCCUGUCCGACGUGGAGGCCUUCAACCUGCUCCUGGAGGUGAAGCUGAAGCGGCGGCGGGAGCGCCCCAGGCUGCCCCGCACGGUGACCCAGCUGGUGUCCGAGGACGGGAGCAGAGUGUACGUGGUGGGCACUGCCCACUUCAGCGACGACAGCAAGCGGGACGUCGUGAGGACCAUCCGAGCGGUGCAGCCGGACGUGGUGGUGGUGGAGCUGUGCCAGUACCGCGUGUCCAUGCUCAAGAUGGACGAGCGCACGCUGCUGCGGGAGGCCAAGGAGAUCAGCCUGGAGAAGCUGCGGCAGGCUGUGAGGCAGAACGGGGUCAUGUCCGGGCUCAUGCAGAUGCUGCUGCUGAAGGUGUCCGCUCACAUCACUGAGCAGCUGGGCAUGGCGCCCGGCGGCGAGUUCAGGGAGGCCUUCAAGGAGGCCAGCAAGGUGCCUUUCUGCAAAUUCCAUCUGGGCGACCGGCCCAUCCCUGUCACGUUCAAGCGGGCCAUCGCGGCCCUGUCCUUCUGGCAGAAGGUCAAGCUGGCCUGGGGCCUGUGCUUCCUUUCAGACCCCAUCAGCAAGGACGAUGUGGAGCGCUGCAAGCAGAAGGACCUGCUGGAACAGAUGAUGGCGGAGAUGAUCGGCGAGUUCCCCGACCUGCACCGCACCAUCGUCUCGGAGCGCGACGUCUACCUGACCUACAUGCUGCGCCAGGCCGCCCGGCGCCUCGAGCUGCCCCGCGCCUCCGAC